AGAAACUGACUAUCAGAUUCCUUGUGGUAGUCUUUUACCAAGUGGAGUAGAUCUUAAUCAAGUUACUAUACUUCCAAAUGAUGAAUGGAAUAGAAUUCAAAAUAGCCUUGACAAGAUGAGUAGAAAAGCAGCACAGCUUCGUGCUGAAAAGAAGGCAAAGAAAGAUAUGCAUUUAAAGUCCCAAGAAAUGAUGAAACAUUGGGCCAAUACUUAUGCAGGGAUGAGAAAACAGAAACUUGAAGCUAAAGUGUUGCGUGAACAAAAUGAAGAAAAAGAAAAACAAAAAAUUGACAUGGAAGAAGCAUUAUAUAGAGCACAAGAAAGAAAAAAGGCCAUUGAAAGUGCAAAAAUCUCUCACUUUUACCAGACAGAUAGAGUGAAAACUUUCCAUAGGGCACUUCUUCUUACUAAAGUUCUGAAAGAGCGAGAUGCUCAGGUUCAGUUCCAGAAGAGCAAGAUGAAAACAGAUGCAAAGUGGGAGGACCAGUUGAAGCGAAAUAUUGAAAAAGCUUUGGAAGAGGAAAUUGAAAAAGAGGAGAAACGUCACAAUGACAGAGUGGCGCUUGCAAAUGAUCAUCUUAAACAAAUGAAGGAGCGAUACGAGGUAGAAGAACAAAGGAAAAGAGAAGAAGAAAAAGAUGCCCAAGAAAUAGAAAGACAGUCAAAGUUGUAUGAAGUAGAACUAGCAAAGAGAAAGGAAAAGAAAGAAGAAAAGAUGCUUGAAUGCCAAAAAAUGCAUCUUGAAACCAUGGAAAAUAAAAGUGUAAUCAGAGCAAUAGAGCAACAAGAAGAAGAGGAGGAAGAUGAAAAAAUUAGAAGAUUCAUCAUUGCAAAGAAGGCUCUGGCAAAUAUUAAAAAAGAAAAGGAUGCUGAAACAUUCAAGCUGAUGGAAGAACGUAAAGAGAGAAUUUUUAACUUCCUGAAUGAACUUAAUAGACAGAAACUUGUCAAUGAAGAUGAUGUUAUUGCCAGAGAUAAAGCAGAAGCUGAUGAUGAAUAUGAACAGGCUGAAAAUGAAAAAGAAGAAAAAAGAAAGACACGGAUAAGAGAGAUUGAAGAAUAUAGAUCUGAAGUGUUGAGAAAUAAAGAGGAACAAAAAAGGCAAAAUCAAAAAGAAUCUCAAGAAACCCUGCAAUCUCUUGUAAACGCAGAUAAUUUGUUUAAGGAACACCAGCAGGAAAAAAAACAAAGACGUGGUGAUGACAACAGGACAGUGCAAUCAUUCAUCAUUCAUCAAAUAGCUGAAAAGAAGGUUAAUUCAAAGGAAGAAUUGGAAGAUAAUUUGGAGUAUGACAGGGAGACUGAAGAUCUUGCGAAUGAGAAGGAGAAGGAAUUUAAACUAUAUGCUAGAGAAGUCAUUGAAGAGGAAUCAAAGUCAGCAAAAAAUGUUUAUCCUCUAGAACAAGCUGUAAAAUUAGGUCCUGGAGGUGGUCAAGGAAUACCUUUUGAAGAGAGAGGUGGAAUCAGGCCCAGUUAUCAGUCUAGGGAUUUCUAUGGAACCCAGCUCCCCAGUUAUGCCUCUAGGAGAGAAAUGAAAUAUGAUAGUCUUGAAAAAACAAAAGCAAGACUAGGUUUUACAUGGUAGAAAACAAAUUUUAUUUUUUCAUUUUAAAAAGGACUUUGUCUCAAAAUUUUAAUGCAGCUAACAGACAUGUUUUCAUCGCGUAUGUCAUUGAAUUACA